CCUACGUUUUUGUUCAUGCUUAUUUACCACUGAGUCAUCAACAUACCUAACAUAUAAUAACAUUUAUAAUUAAAUUUUUACAAUAGCAUUUCUAAUACAUUUUAUACGCAAUACGCCAACCAUAGAACUAGAAUAUCACCCCAACUGCCCGUGCUCUGGCGUUGUCUUUGCAGCUCUGUUUUGAAGCGUCAAAAACGUAACGACGUCAUUUGAACAUGGCGGCGCACGUAGCUCGACAAUCUUUAUUAUUUUGUUUCAGAUCAAGAGUGGUACAUGGCAUUUACAAUGAAACACAAGCACAGGGUAAAGUAGUUAAACAAAUAAGCAAUAGUUUUAAGUUAUGCGCGACUUAUGGAGUCAAAGGGAUGAAUCCUACUCAGGUCAGCGCAGCGAUACUACUGAAAGCAUCAAGUAUGAAUAUAGUUUACCAUGUCUGGAAACUGUUGAAAGAGAGACUAACAGUGUCUUACAGCAGAAGCAGUGGCCCUGGUGGUCAACACGUCAAUAAAGUAAACACAAAAGCUGAGGUCCGAUUCCAUGUGCAAACUGCUGACUGGAUCCCAGAAGAUGUCAGACAGAAAAUUCUGGAAAAGAACAAAAACCGAAUCAAUAAGUCGGGGGAGCUUUUGGUGACGUCAGAGGUGAGCAGGAGUCAGCACAGGAACCUGAGUGACUGCAUACAGAAGAUCUCCGACAUUAUCACAGAGGCCACAGAAAAACCAUAUGAGCCUACAGCAGAGGAUAUAGCCCUGAGAGCAGCACGGUUGGAGAAGAGGAACAAAGAAAGGCUAAAACAGAAGAAAAUGGCAUCAAACAUCAAACAGAGCAGAAGAGUGGGCUUUGACUGACAUCUACAAUUACAAGUGUACAAGUGUUCAAUGUUUAGUAUGUAUUGUAUGUAUCUAAUCUAAUCUAAUUUAUUCCUUGUUCUCUUGGGGCAAAUAUAAUUAUAUUUCAUACAGAAUAAAACCAUGAUGCUCUCACAA